CAGUCUUCGUUCAACACCAUCAUGGCUCAAUACACUCGUGUUGCGGGGUCUGUCGGCUUGAUAACGCUACAAAACCCGCCUGUUAAUGCACUCAGUGCGAUGGUGAGGCAAGGCGUCGUUGACACGAUGGAGAGAGCCCUCAGUGCUCCGGAAGUGAAGUCUUUAGUCAUCUGUGGCCAGAAGGAAACAUUCUGUGGAGGAGCAGACAUCAGGGAGUUUGGGACAAAGAUGUCUGGUCCUCCACUGACACCGCUGAUCCACGCCAUCGAGGCUUCGACCAAGCCGGUGGUGGCAGCCAUAGAGGGGGUCGCUUUAGGCCAAACUGGGGCUUCCAGAGGUGAUUCUGGGUCUACUGCCAGCUGAGACGGCAUCUCAGCGUCUGCCAAGGCUCAUUGGGGUUCCAGCUGCCUUAGACCUCAUCACCACAGGCCGCCACGUGACUGCUGCUGAGGCUCUGCAACUUGGAAUCGUGGAUCAGGUUACUGAUCACAGCACUGUGGAUGCAGCUGUGAAGUUUGCCUUGAGUGU